GAACCAAGUACUGAUGCACACAACUUGAAUGAAUCUCCAGGGAAUUAUGUGGAGUGGAAAAAAGCCAAUCCCAAGAGAUGAGGUGACCAUGGAGGCUGGCGGUCUCCCCUUGGAGCUGUGGCGCAUGAUUUUAGCCUACCUGCACCUUCCUGACCUGGGCCGCUGCAGCCUGGUGUGCAGGGCCUGGUAUGACCUGAUCCUCAGUCUCGACAGCACUCGCUGGCGACAGCUGUGUCUGGGAUGCACCGAAUGCCGCCACCCCAACUGGCCCAACCAGCCCGAUGUGGAGCCUGAGUCUUGGAGGGAGGCCUUCAAGCAGCAUUACCUUGCCUCCAAGACAUGGACCAAGAAUGCCCUGGACUUGGAGUCCUCUGUGUGCUUUUCUCUCUUUCGCCGGAGGAGGGAACGCCGUACCCUGAGUGUUGGGCCAGGCCAUGAGUUUGACAGCCUGGGCAGUGCCUUGGCCAUGGCUAGCCUGUAUGACCGAAUUGUGCUAUUCCCAGGUGUGUAUGAAGAGCAAGGUGAAAUCAUCCUGAAGGUACCUGUGGAGAUCAUAGGCCAUGGGAAGUUGGGUGAAGUGGCCCUGCUAGCCAGCAUUGAUCAGCACUGCUCCACCACACGCCUGUGCAACCUUGUCUUCAUGCCGGCCUGGUUCUCCCCGUUCAUGUUUAAGACAACAUCGGGUCAUGUCCAAUUUGACAACUGCAACUUUGAGAACGGACACAUCCAGGUCCAUGGCCCAGGCACCUGCCAAGUGAAGUUUUGCACCUUCAAAAACACCCAUGUUUUCCUGCACAAUGUGCCCCUGUGUGUCCUGGAAAACUGUGAAUUUGUGGGCAGUGAAAACAACUCUGUCACCGUGGAGGGCCACCCAUCUGCCGACAAGAACUGGGCCUACAAGUAUCUGCUAGGGCUUAUCAAGUCCUCCCCCAGUGUAUUCCCCACAGAGGACCCUGACUCUUUAAUGUCCUUGGACCUGGAGAGCAGGGACCAGGCUUGGAGCCCAAGGACCUGUGACAUUGUCAUUGAAGGCAGCCAAAGCCCUACCAGCCCAGCUUCUACCUCCCCAAAGCCAGGGUCCAAGGCUGGCUCCCAGGAGGCAGAGGUGGGCAGUGAUGGGGAAAGGGUGGCCCAAACCCCCGACAGCAGCGACGGAGGCCUGAGCCCUAGUGGCGAGGACGAGGAUGAGGACCAGCUCACGUACAGACUGUCCUACCAAGUGCAGGGCCCACGCCCUGUGCUAGGGGGCUCCUUUCUAGGCCCGCCACUUCCAGGAGCAUCCAUUCAGCUGCCCAGUUGCCUAGUGCUGAACUCUUUACAGCAGGAGCUGCAGAAGGACAAGGAGGCCAUGGCACUGGUCAGCUCCGUGCAGGGCUGUCUCAUCCGAAAGUGCCUCUUCCGGGACGGAAAGGGAGGCGUCUUCGUUUGCUCCUAUGGCCGAGCCAAGAUGGAGGGAAACAUCUUCCGGAACCUGACUUACGCAGUGCGGUGUAUACAUAAUAGCAAGAUUGUCAUGCUCAGGAAUGACAUUCACCGAUGCAGAGCGUCAGGCAUCUUCCUUCGCUUGGAGGGUGGAGGCUUGAUCGCCGGCAACAACAUUUACCACAACGCGGAGGCGGGCGUGGACAUCCGGAAAAAGUCCAACCCACUCAUACUGUGUAACCAGAUCCACCACGGCCUUCGUUCUGGCAUUGUCGUCCUUGGCAAUGGGAAAGGCAUCAUCCGCAACAAUCAAAUCUUUUCAAAUAAGGAGGCUGGCAUUUAUAUCCUGUACCACGGCAAUCCAGUCGUGAGCGGGAACCACAUUUUCAAGGGCCGUGCAGCGGGCAUAGCAGUGAACGAGAAUGGCAAAGGCCUCAUCACAGAAAAUGUCAUCCGUGAGAAUCAGUGGGGAGGUGUAGACAUCCGCCGAGGAGGAGUCCCCGUCCUCAGAAGCAACCUCAUCUGCUUUGGCUACUCAGAUGGUGUGGUCGUGGGAGAUGAAGGCAAAGGACUGAUAGAAGGAAACACCAUCUAUGCUAACAAGGGCUGUGGCGUGUGGAUGAUGUCGUCCAGCCUGCCCCACGUCACCAGCAACCAUGUCAGCUACAAUGGCCUAUAUGGAGUGGCAGUGUUCAGUCAGAAGGAGGGCUCCCGUGAGUUCCCUGGAGGUCACGGGGCCCAGGAGAACUUCAGUGAGGACGGGGACGCCAUCCUUUGGGAGACAGAACUGGAGAAGGACGAUGACCCGCUGCGCCGGCCCGUCACCGUAGCGCUUGUUGAGUCUAACAGUAUUAAUCACAACGGAGCCUCAGGACUCUACGUCCAGAGCAGUGAGGCGCUGCACGUCCUCACCAAUGUGAUCCACGCUAACGGGGACAGAGGCAUCACUGUAGCCCAGAGCAGCCAGCUUACCCGCGUGGCCAACAACAGCAUCUCCUGCAACCGCCAGAGUGGGGUCAAGGUUGAGGCCCAGUGCAAGGUGGAGCUCCGGGGCAACGGUAUCUAUGACAACAGAGGCCAUGGCAUCAUCACCAAGGGCGACAGCACUGUGGUCAUCGAAAAUGACAUCAUUGGCAACCGGGGCAGCGGGCUGCAGCUACUGCCCAGGUCCGACACGAAGGUGAUAAAGAACCGGAUCCAUUCGUUCCGGGCCUACGGCAUUGCGGUGCGGGGCCGCGCCAAGGCCCUGGUGCAGGAGAACAUCAUCUUCCAGGGCAAGACCAGCAAGACGAUCUUUCAGCAGAUCUCAAACAACCGAGAAUGUAUCAUGCAAAACAACAAGUUCUUGGUGUUCAAGAAAAAGUCUGACACAUGGCGCCUGGUGAACCCACCAGCACGGCCUCACCUUGAAAGUUCUCUCCGAGGCCCAUCUGCAGCCCACAGCGGGCAGAAGGUGACGGCCAUGGCGACCAGGAUCAGCGCCCGCGUGGAAGGUGGUUACCACAGCAAUCGCAGCGUCUUCUGCACCAUUCUGUAAGGAUGGGAAGCAUGGCGUGGGGCGGCUGGAGGGUGCGAAGACUCCAGGAGCAGCAGCCCCAUAGCGGAGCUCAGGCUCAGGCUCUGCUGGCCAUUCCGUCGAGCCAAGAGGUCAAGGCAGCAUCAGGAUGGAAGCAGAGGCAGCUGAGGUGCUGCAGGCCUCUCUCGGUCCUCCUGCUUACUGUACCCUGGAGAAAACAGGUUGCCGGGCUUCCUGGGGACUAAGAAAAGAAACAGAUUGGUGGGUUUCCUGUCACUCAAGCUCUUACAGAAGUGAUGAGGAGUUGGGGGGAAAUGAUACUAAAGCUUUGGUCAGGUCCUUCUGUGUGAAUGACAGGAAAUGUUGUUUUACACACACCAAACCCAGACUCUUGUCAGAGAAGAGCAGAUUUACUCCCAAAGGAGGAGGUGAUUCUGGUGAGGUGGCAAGAGCUAGCUGCCCCAGAAUGUCCCCCUCUCCCGGACUUCUCCCGAUCCCUGCAGGGACAUGGCCACAUGCUCCUGGCUAUCUGCAGAGGCUGGAGGAGUGGAGUUUGGUUCCCUUCGACUUGAACAUGAACUGUGAGGGGGACAGGGGGCCCUCUGGAAGGGCUGCCCCUGGGAUGACAAAGGACUUGCUGCAAAGAGGAAGGCUGUGUGAAGAAGGCGUCCUUUGAGUGGCCCAGGUGUCAGGCUGGGUGGGGCAGCGAUGCAUGAGGCCCCCUCUGCCCUCAGGGAGCUCCCAAACUCAGGAGGAUGCUGGCUCAGGGCCCCGCGCACAUGCCCACACCAGCCGCCCCUCCUGGGCACCAGCCUGGUGGAGAUGGAGGUGCCCGGGGCCCCUGGUCUGUGUCCAUGUUCUCAUGGAUAACUGCCUGCCUUCACUGACCCUACCACAGUUCCCCACUCUGUGCCUUGGCUCAUGCUCUGUCCUCUCCCUGGCAUGCCCUUGACCUCUGCACGUGUCCGCGCCCCCC